AUGAUGGCAUCUUGUUCGUCCUUCAGUAAGCACAUUUUCCUCAACGGUGGCCCGCCGAGUGAGACGACCAGCGAGAUCUCGUCGGUCGAAAGUGACUGGGGUGAUUUGCGGCUGAUAGCGGCCCAGCUGGGUGUCGCCAAUCCGGACGAUCUGCACGUCGAGCGCUUCAAGGUGGACCGGCAGAAGCUGGAGGAUAUGAUAAAGGUGGAAACAUAUUCAGAGGGAAUGAAUAGCGCCGAGGAGUUCUUCACGAAUAUCAUGAAGGAGACAACCACCUACGUAAGCUGGCCGUGCCGGUUGAAGAUUGGCGCGAAAACGAAGAAGGACCCACACAUCCGGAUCGUGGGCAAAAUGGCGGACGUAUUGCGUGCGAAGGACAAGGUCAUGUCCCGAUUGGACUCGCGGGGUAGCCGCGUGAUCAUGAAGAUGGACGUCUCGUACACGGACCAUUCGUUCAUCAUUGGGCGUGGUGGUAACAACAUCAAGCGCAUCAUGGAGGAAACGGCCACUCACAUCCAUUUUCCGGACUCGAACCGCUCGAACCCGAGCGAGAAAAGCAACCAGGUGUCGAUGUGUGGCAGCAUCGAGGGUGUCGAAAGGGCUCGAUCGUUGGUGCGCAACUCAACGCCGCUGUUGAUUUCGUUCGAGCUGCCAAUUUUGGCACCGGGAAAAACACCCCCGGACAAUGAUACACCGUACGUGAAGGAGAUCGAGGCGGAGUACGGUGUGCAGGUGAUCUUCUCCACUCGACCGAAGCUUCACUCGUCGCUUGUGCUUGUGAAGGGCUCGGAGAAGGAAGAGCAAAUGGUGAAGGAAGCCACCCGACGUCUCAUGGAUCUGAUGUGUGAGAAUAUGGCGAGUCAGAUACCGGUGCAGAUGCAGCUGGAGAUCUCGACCCAACAUCACCCGAUCGUGUUGGGGCGGGUUUCGAGCAAUCUGCGGAAGAUCAUGGACCGAACCGGCACGCAGAUCAUGUUCCCGGACGCGAAUGAUGUGAACAUCAAACCGAUCAAGCGCUCUCAGGUGACCAUCACCGGAUCCAUCCAUGGGGUGUAUCUCGCGCGACAGCAGUUGAUCGGAAGCCUUCCGAUCGCGCUGAUCUUCGACUACCCAGACAACACGGUCGACUCGGACGAGAUCACCAAGCUGAUGCUGACGCACGACGUGUUCAUCUCGGUGCGCCAAAAGUCCCGCCAAAGCACACUCUGCAUCGUGAUCAAGGGCAUCGAGAAGUUCAUCGCCAACAUCUACGAAGCGCGCCACCAGCUGCUAAAGUGCGGUGGUCCACGUGUUCCAGCCGGCAUCCCACACACGUACUUCGGACCAAACGAGCACGCGCAGCAAACGUCCCACAACAUUUCGGCGCUGCUGGCGGGUCCGGUUGCACCACCCUUUUCACCGCUAUCGCCACUCAAUCCGCUUCCGUUUCUUGGUUGGCCAACACCAGCCUCAGUUCCGGGUCAUGGUCCUCUACCACCGGCGAGUGAUUACGCGUUCCAGCACAUGCGCGGACAGUUCCAGAAUUUCCACGUGCAUGGUGCUGCGACGACCAAGCUGAUGCCACUAUCACUUCCACCCGGGCUGGAUCGAGCACUUGGAACCGCGGGUUCGACCGGAAAAUCACCGGCCCAUCCGCAUUUGCUCACUGUCCCGCAGACAGUCGGGACUGGUGGCUCAUUUCUGCACCAUCAGCAGCAACAGCAACAUCUUCACCAGCAGCAGCAGCAGCAGCAGCAGCUCCAUCAACUGGCCUCACAUUCGCACCAUCAACGGCAGCCGGUGAAUGGGAACUGCUCGACUUCCGGUAGCCUCACGACGAGCCUUAGCACGAUCAGUCAAAACAGCAGCCAUGCCACAGACAUCCAUUCGAGUGGGUAUCAGAGCCUGAACUGUUCCAGCACCUCGCUGGAUCAACCGUACCCGUCCAGUUCGUCGACUGGUGGGUCCGGUUGCGGAUCCAAUUCGCUGCUCAACGUUUCACCGGAACUGCAGCAUCAGCAGCAACCGAGUCCGAGCAGCUCCAGUGGGUUGAGUCGAAUGCGCCACAGCGUUUGUUCACCCAACAGUCCGCUGUUCUCACCGGAACUUGAGCAACGCACGCCAUUGGCAUUCGAGCAGAAGAGCUCGCUGAAUGACACGUUCCUGUUCAAUUUGGACCCGCGAGUUGUGGCCGGGUAUAAAGCGAUGUACAUGUCUCCACAGCAGGGUGAAGUCCGCACACCGACACUUUCCUGGCAGGGUUUGGGCCUAAGUCAAUCGAGCCCAGCUCCACUGGAAGCGGCCGAUCUGAGUUGGGCUAACACGAGCGGAUCGAGCAGUACCGGUGCUGGUGGUGGCAUGAAUACCAGCUCUAGCAGCUCCAGCAAUGGGGUGAGCGAUACGGGCCACAACCUGACAACGACCAUGAUCGAGGUGACGCCGCGGCACAAGCGCGAACAGAUGUCCCAGUACAACGACGUCACGACCAUCCUGACCGGGCUCGGGUUGGAGCAUUACAUCAAGAACUUCAUCAACGGUGAGAUCGACAUGACCGUCUUCCAGACGCUCACCGACCAGGAUCUGCUUAAUCUCGACAUCAAACCACUCGGCGCUCGUCGUCGCAUCCUGAUGGCCAUUCACGAUCUGGGCGCCCGUCAAGGAUCGUCGGCUCUGUUCGGAUCGUCCGUGCUCUCACCAUCGGCACUUCCGUCGGCGUUGUCACGCUUUUCCGGCUCGGCUGCUCCGGGUGCGGAACGACGGUCCUCCAGUGGGCAGUAA